GGCGGACGGACGCGCGCGGCGGAUCCGCUGUCCGAGCCCGGCGCGCGCCACCCCGCGGGACUCCGAGCGCGUGCACACGCCUGGCUGCGCCUGGCCGGCCCCUCGCCAGCCGGCGUCUCCGAGGCCCCCCUCCCCCCCGGCCCCCCGAUGGCUCCCGGAUCCCCGGUCCAGGGGCCCGGCCCGCGCUACUUCACCUGGGACGAGGUGGCACAGCGCUCCGGGCGCGAGAAGGAGCGAUGGCUGGUGAUCGAUCGCAAAGUGUACGACAUCAGCGAGUUCGUCCGCCGCCACCCGGGGGGCUCCCGGGUCAUCAGCCACUACGCGGGCCAGGACGCUUCGGAACCUUUUGCAGCCUUCCACAUCAACCAAGGCCUGGUGCGGAAGUACAUGAAUGCCCUCCUGAUCGGGGAGCUGGCCCCGGAUCAACCCACCUUUGAGCCCAGCAAGAAUAAAGCCCUGGUGGAGGAGUUUCGGGAGCUGCGGGCCAACGUGGAGCGGAUGGGGCUCCUGAAGGCGGACCCCGUCUUCUUCCUGCUGCAUCUGCUGCACAUCCUGCUGCUGGACGUGGCGGCCUGGCUCACGCUGUGGCUCUUCGGCACGUCCCUCGUGCCCUUCGUGCUCUGCGCAGUGCUCCUGAGCGCGGUGCAGGCCCAGGCCGGCUGGCUGCAGCAUGAUUUCGGCCACUUGUCCGUCUUCCCCACGCCUGCAUGGAACCACUUGGUGCAACACUUCAUCAUGGGCCACCUGAAGGGGGCGCCGGCCAGCUGGUGGAAUCACUUGCAUUUCCAGCACCACGCCAAGCCCAACUGCUUCCGCAAAGACCCGGAUGUCAACAUGCACCCUUUGUUCUUCGCCUUGGGGAAGGUCCUAUCUGUGGAGCUUGGGAAACAGAAGAAGAAAUACAUGCCGUACAACCACCAGCACAAAUACUUCUUCCUGAUUGGGCCCCCUGCCUUGUUGCCCUUCUACUUCCAGUGGUACGUCUUCUACUUCGCCGUGCAGCGGAAGAAGUGGGUGGACUUGGCCUGGAUGCUCACCUUCUAUGUCCGAGUUUUCCUCACCUAUGUGCCACUGCUGGGCUUCUCCCGCUUCCUGGGCCUCUUCUUCCUGGUCAGGGUCCUGGAGAGCAACUGGUUCGUGUGGGUGACACAGAUGAACCACAUCCCAAUGCACAUUGACCACGACCAGAACAAGGACUGGGUGUCCCUGCAGGUCCAGGCCACAUGCAAUGUCCACAAAUCCGCCUUCAACGACUGGUUCAGCGGACACCUCAACUUCCAGAUUGAGCACCACCUGUUCCCCACCAUGCCCCGACACAAUUACUACAAGGUGGCGCCGCUGAUCCAGUCCCUGUGCGCCAAGCAUGGCGUCAAGUACACCUCGAAGCCCCUGCUCGUGGCCUUUGGCGACAUCGUCCACUCUCUGAGGGAGUCCGGGCAGCUGUGGCUAGAUGCCUAUCUCCACCAGUGACACAGUGGCCCCACCUGGACGAGCGCGGGACGCGGCCUAGGGGUGUUUCAAAGACCACCAGCACCGUUCCCGGGGGGUACACGGGGGUGUGUGUGGGAGGCACAGAUCCCCCCCCCCCCAACCGGACACCCGGCAGCCCCGCGCAGGGGGUGGGCCGGGAAGGGAGUUUCUAGGGUUUUCUUUCUAGUUUUCUUUCUUUCUUUCUAGAGGAGUUGGGCAUCAGGAACAGGAUGGGCUGAGGACUGGGAACAACCACUGAGCCCAAAAACCAGGAGAUUCCUCUGUAAAAUUUCCCCCCGCCCCCCAACACACACACAAACACACACACACACCCAGGUCUGCAAGUGCACCUGUCCUGUGGGCCCUUGUGGAGUAAGAUCAGAAAGGAGGUGCCCGUGCUGGUAUCCUGGUGCCUUGGGCUCCUGGGGAAGCAUCCAGGCCAAGGUUUGUGCCGGGGCAUCUGGAAUAUUCACCCCCGAAGGAUCCUUGCGCUGAAACUCUGGCCUCUGGCCAAGAGCAAGCAUGAGGCCAGAGGCUCUGCCAGAGCAGCUGGUACUCGCCAUCCACUGGGGGUGAGGUGGGAAAUCUUCAGGGCCCAAAGAGAUAGUUCAGUGGGUAGGGUGUUUUGCUUGCAUGCAGUUGACCUGGGUUUGAUCCCUGGCACCACUUAUGGUCGCUCAAACUCUGCCAGGAGUAAGCCCUGAGCACAGCCAAGUGUGGCCCCAAUACAAAAAAAAAAAUAUAUAACUCUUCAGGAGCUAGAGCUGGAGAUAUGGUACAAGGCACUGGCCUGCUGUCUACCUGAGUCCAUCUGCCCCAGUUCUCUGCGCACUGUCCAGUGACACCGGAGUGUGCAGACAGGCAAGCCUCCAGCACAACCGAAGAACGGGACUAAACCGGAGUGUUUGGUGUGCUCCCGAGAAGGGAGUCCUCUCCUAGUCUGCUCCCCAGAAAGAAAGGGCCCCUCACUUCCUGCCUGCCAUUCCGCCUUAAAAACAACAGACCAAGGGGCUGGAGAGAUAGCACAGCGGGGAGGACGUUGGCCUUGCAUGCGGCUGACCCAGGUUCGAUUCCCAGCAUCCCAUAUGGUCCCCCCCUACCCCCCCUGAGCAUCACCGGGAGUAAUUCCUGAGUGCAGAGCUAGGGGUAACCACUGAGCAUUGCCGGGUGUGACCCAAAAAGAAAAAAAAAACAACAACCCAAGAGGCUGAGCUGGGAAAUGCUGAAUUAGGCGGGAGACUCAAGGCCGUGAGGCAGUUUCGAGAACUUGAAUCAUGUGACAGGACCAUUUAGAGCAGUAGUGGAGGGUUAAACAUACCCAGAGGUGUUGGGGGUUUGGGGGGUUUCGUAGUUUUGCUUUUGAGCCAUGCCUGGUGGGGGCAGGGAGUGAACCCGGAUCGGCCACAUGCGAGCACCCGGUUCUCAGCCGGAAGCAGGAAGGAGAAAAGGCCAAGGCUGGGCUCCCCACAGCCUGGCGGGCACGGGAGAUGCUGAGAGCAAGACGGGGGGGGGGGGGGGGGGGGGGGAGGUCACGUGGUGUGAGUAGCCAGGGUGUGUCUGAAGGUCCUAUGGGCGUUGGUGUGUCUUAACGGCAACACCCAGAGGAAACGCUGUUGGGACUACAGGCUGGUCAAGACAAAAAGGGGCGCGUGGGAGGUAGAGGGAGAUGAAAGAUGGAAAAUCGGUGGUUGAAGGAAUGAAGCUCUUUGCCUCGUGCCCUGGAGAGCCUGGUUUGUAGCAGCUCGGGCAGGAGUGCUCCCUCUGGGGUGAUCCCCUCCCCAUCCGGUCAGCCUCCAGCAUCCGUAACGGUCCCGUGCUGUGAGCCCAGGCUGGCCAAUCGGAGCAAAGCCAGAGAGGCCGACAGGGCUAGGUGCCACCUUUGCGAAUUUGCCUCCAAGUGGUUCAACCAGUCGCCUUAUCAAGCGGGUCCUGCCCUGACCACAGAGGCAUAUACCUGUGGCAAGACAGCGCCACUGUUCCUGGCGGUGACACAGGGUCUCUGUUCCAACCGCGCCCGCCACAGAACCCGGCAGGACUCAACGCUUGUACCCGCUUCCUGAAUGUUAUGCUCUGUGUCUUGGUUAGUUCUGAUCUGCCUACAUCCCGGAGGUUCGUUUUCUUUGCCCUCGGUCCAUGUCACUGCAACUCUGCCAGGUGCCGAUUUUGUUGCAACUCAAUGAAGCAAAAUAGAAAAGCUGCUUUGGACCAAAUCCAGGCUGUUCCAUUUGUGGCGCGCGGGUGUGUGUUCCCAGAAGUCUGCCUCUCUGGGGAGUGCCUUUUCUGGGGGUGGUUGAGGGGCGGAUGCUCGGGACCAAACAUCAUCAAACAUGCAGUGCCGGGGAUCGAACCUAAGUCAGGGGCUGGAGGGAUAGCACAGCGGGGAGGGCGUUUGCCCUGCCUGCGGCUGACCCGGAUUCAAUCCCCAGCAUCCCAUAUAGUCUCCCAAGCACUGCUAGGAGUAAUUCCUGAGUGCAGAGCCAGGAGUCACCCCUGUGCAUUGCCGGGUGUGACCCAAAAAGCAACAAAAAACAACCUAAGUUGGCCACAUGUGAGACAAGUGCUGCCUUGUACUGCCUCCCCAGGUCUGAAGUAGCUGUUUGGGGAUUUUUUUUUUGUUCUCAUCUGGCAGUGCUCAGAGCUUACUCCUGACUCUGCUUUCAAGAGCCACUCCUCCGGAUGGGCUUGGGGUUUGAGGGGUUGAACCCGGGUCAGUCACAUUCCAGGCAAGAGCCUUACCCACUGUAUUAUUACUCUGGCCCCAUGUCCUAGCUUCUUGAAUUGGACCAUAUGAGGACCAUCUAACAAUGCAACCAUAAAGAGUAUAGC